AUGAACUUAAAUUUCUGGGUGGCCAAAAACCCGAAGGAUGAGUUUUUAGAUGUGAUCUACUGGUUCCGACAGAUCAUUGCCGUUAUUUUGGGAAUCAUCUGGGGCAUAGUUCCGCUGAAGGGGUUUGUGGGAAUAGCAAUAUUCUGCCUGAUCAAUGCUGGAGUCCUUUACCUCUAUUUUAGUAGUUUCCAGCAAAUAGAUGAGGAGGAGUACGGAGGGACGUGGGAGCUAACAAAAGAAGGAUUUAUGACAUCUUUUGCACUGUUUUUGGUUGUUUGGAUAAUCUUCUACACUGCCAUCCACUAUGAUUGACACAGUCUGCAGCCUUUGCCUGCCAAACCAGUCUUCAAUAAGUCCAAGAACAUUUUAAUAAAUCACAACCUCUAAUGGACUGGGAUGGGGGCGGAAAGUAAAAUCAGCCACCUUUCAUUCCAGUGGUCCAGGGAGCCUGAGAAGAGCCUCAGCUGUUCUCACAGAGAAGCCAGUACAUCUCAGUUUUGUACAAGUGUUGCUUAUUGGAACUUUUAAAAAGCCAUUGAAAUUUUGGAAAGUGGUUUGAAACUGUUCAUCUUCUGAACUUUCUUCUUAACUUAAUCCAGUAUCCUUAACAAAGUCCUGUAUGUUAAUGGGAGAAUCUGUUAAUUUAAUUUGUGUAAAUCAUCUUGCCCUCUGGAUGAAAUCUGUUAUUAAAUUGUGACUUGUCUUCCAUCAUAUUCCUUCAGAACUGCAAUUUUAAUAGUCAUUUCAAGGUACUUAUUAGCAGGAAAACACUAUAGCAUUCAGUACAGGGAGUCCAGUAGUUACUCUUGGCAUGUUUUAAGAAAAUUAAAAAUUUGAUUUUGAGUAAAUUGA